UCCCCGGUUCUUCUCUUUCUGCCACACCCAGCCCCACCCCCCAGCCAAUCCUGCCAGCGAUACCUUUGAAAUUUCGCAUGAAUCUCACAGACGUGGCGGCGCACGCCCUUAAUCCCAGCCCGGGAGGAGCCUCUGUAGGUGUGAGACCAGCCCGGUCUGAGUUCCAGGCUAGCCAGAGCUGUAUAUAGGGAGAGCCAGACUCGGAGGAGUGGGGAGAUGUCCCAUGGCUUUUCAGGCCAUCUCCCAUCCUGCUCUUCUUACCCUGCUGGGCCUCAUCCACGCGGAGACCUUGCUGCACAAUCCGGCCAGCAGGAGGCCCGAAGCACAGACCUGGGGAAACUGGAUUUAAGCCCCAGCUCCUCCCGGCCCGGGGCCUUGCUCGCUCGCUCGCUGGCACACGUGUCAGCCUAAGAUGGGAAGGGUGCGAUGGGUAGGACGCCCACCUUCCGCUUUGCCAGCCCUGCCCUCUUCCCUCCCUGGGGAUUCCUCAAACCUUUCCUUUGGAGCCUGGGCUGAAACACCCAGCUGCCAGCAUCCGGAACAAGCUCAGCAGCUUGCAGCAAGACCUUCCGGGUCACAGAUGGGACACAGACAUCCUCCCCCCCCCACACCCCGAAAUGGAGCAUGUGUCUACAGCCCCAGCCCGCCGAGGCCCUGUGGCUCUGGUCUCUGAAGUCUUCGAACAACACCUGGGUGGACAUAUCCUUCAGUCCCUGGAUGGCUUCGUGUUCGCCUUGAACCAGGAAGGAAAAUUCCUCUACAUCUCAGAGACAGUGUCCAUCUACCUGGGUCUCUCCCAGGCGUCUUUGACUACAUCCAUCCCGGGGACCACUCGGAGGUAUUGGAGCAACUGGGACUGCGGGCUGCGACCCCCGGGCCCCCAACGCCGCCUUCCGUGUCAUCCUCUUCAUCUUCAUCUUCCUCCUCGCUGGUGGACACCCCCGAAAUGGAAACCAGCCCCACAGAGGCAUCCCCCGGGGCCUGGGUGUGCCUGCCCUCUGUGGCCACUGUGGCCGGGAACGGGAAGAGUGCCGGGGAGCAUCACGUGCUGUGGGUCAGUCACGUGCUCAGCCAUGCGGAAGAGGGCCAAACACCCCUGGAUGCCUUCCAGCUUCCAGCCAUUGUGUCUCAUGAGGAUCCACCCAGCCCAGGCCUGGAGCCCACGGAGGACGAGCCUCCAGUGGACGCGAAGCAGGCUGCCCCUGUGGACCAGGACAAGGACAAGGACCCUCAGGCCAGAAGCAAACGCAUCAAAGUGGAGCCUGGUCCGAAGGAAGCUAGAGGCUCAGAGGACAGUGGAGAGGAGGAGCUCUCAGACCCUCCCGCCCCACCCCUCCCAGAAUUCACUUCUGUCAUCCGGGCAGGGGCCCUGAAGCAUGAUCCAGUACUGCCCUGGGGCCUGACAACUCCUGGGGACCCCUCACCUGCCCAGUGUCAUGCGGGCUUCCUGCCACCGGUGGUACGAGGCCUGUGCACACCAGGCACCAUCCGCUAUGGCCCUGCAGAGUUGAGCCUGAUGUAUCCGCACCUGCACAGGCUGGGCCCAGGUCCCACACUCCCAGAGGCCUUUUACCCUACGCUGGGCCUGCCCUAUCCAGGGCCCACAGGUACUAGGGUACAGCGGAAGGGAGACUGAGAAGCCAAACCUGGGGCAUAUGUCAAGGCCUGAAGUCUUCCUUGAAAAUUAAACACCAUUCCCUGAGAGGCUCCAUUCCCAUUGACCCUGCA